UCGCCUGUCAUCAACAAUAAUCUCAUUCAAGAAUACAAGGGUCUUCCCAUCAGCGCCUUCAAGUUCAAAGACGAUGAGCCCGCUGUCGUUCAAUCCAUGAUCGAAUUUCUCUACACCAAGAACUACACCCUUGGUCCCGAUCAGAAGCCUCUGACCGCACAGAACUACAACAACAAACCUCUGCCCGAGCUUAACACCGAGCACACGACCACCCUCAAGGGUUCCGAGAAGAAAUGCUUCGACACGCUCCUCCAUCACAUCCUCGUCAACUCCGUGGCUAUGAAGUACGAAAUUCCUGAGCUCGAGAAGCUGAGCCGCGAAAAGCUGUUGAAGUCUCUCAAGCACAACUGCCCCAUCACCGUGCUGCCCGACCUCAUGGCGGCGGCACUCAAGGAAAAUAACGACUCUGCUCUAAUUCAUGUCUUCGUCAUGCGAGCUGCCGCGUGCAUGUCCAAGCUCAUGUCAACUCCCAGAUUCGUGGUUCGAGAGUGGCCUGGCUACUUAAUCUCCUUGAUCUUUUGCGCCAUGGCUCCUCCGGAACCGAUCGAGGCCAACCCUACCCCUCCAUCUACCUCGCCUUCGGAUACAAGCAGCGACGGUGCGGAUGAGUUUGUGACUCCCCCACAAAGUUGCAAGGUUUCCCGCAAUUCUGACAAGCCAUCCCAAGCGUAG